AUGGCAAACAUGGAGAAGCUCCAAUUUCCCGCUCUGGAUUUCACCGGGUCCAACUACAUUUCUUGGGUUACCAAUUUCGAACUCCACCUUGAAUCUCUUGGUUUAUCUGAAACCGUUAAAGAGAAUAAUACUUCGACGCCUCAAGAAAAGACCAAAUCGGUGAUCUUCCUUAGAAGACACCUUGAUGAAAGUAUUUAUGAUUAUGCCAACAUGAGAGAUCGUAAAGAGCUAUGGAAGUCUCUGAAAGAUCGUCAGAAAGACAUAACACUUCCACUUGCCCGAGAUGAAUGGCAGAGUCUGAGAUUUCAAGAUUUCGACAAAGUGAUGAAUUAUAAUUCUGUUGUGUUAGGAGUUGUGGCCAAAUUGAGAUAUUGUGUGAAACGAUUACCGAAUCUUAAAUGCUUGAGAAGACAUACACCACAUUCCACAAGAGCCACAUCACCCUGCAACAACAAUAUAGGUUGCGGGGAUAUACCAAAUUUUCGGAUUUGA